GGAGGCACCGAGGGGCGCUGCUCGGGGGCGGAGGAGGAGAGAGCCACGGCUCUUAGCCCUGGCAGAUAAGUCGAGCCCCCAUCUUCAGAAGCAGUGUACCCCUGCGUGAUCAUUUACUGAGAAGGGCUGAGACAAUUCAGAUUCCUCUCUUUAAAAAAAUAAUAAAGGAGUGAAUCCCUGGACUGAGAGAUGUUUCGGCUGAGCCUUAAGUUGAGCCCAAAUCGCAUUUCUCCCCAGGUGGAGCUGAUCGGUGAAAAGGAAGAACAGGAGAGAGAGAGAGAGAGAGAGAUGCUCCAGAAGAGUUACCACUUCUCCCAUAUCUUUUCUUCUGGGGCAGUUUAAAACAUUGCAGGCAGAAAAUGCUGCAAGAGUUGUUCCUUAGAACUGCAACUUGAUGUCCCCCUUGAACUGCUGCCUAUCACUGCUAUUGUCGAAGGGGCAGUAUUAGAAGAAACGGCACAAGCAUCUUUGUGGUCCUUGGCUACGGCACUAAGGGGUCUUGAUUUCCUGCACCAAUAAUUACGGAGAUCUGAUGAAGCAGAACACUGCAUCAGUGACAUCUUAGAUUCACCUAUCCAGAACUCUCAGGCUGCCCUUAAUCUAGGUGUUCAGAAUAAGGUAGUCGACUUAUUUGAAAUGAUUGAAAAAAUGCAGAGAAGUCGUUUGGAUGAGCAAAGAUGUUCACUUCCAGCAACAUUGAAGAGAGAAGAGGAAUACAUCCCCUAUCCCAGCAUCCAUGAGGUAUUGCAGAGGGGCUGGCCGUACCCUCUAAUCAUCUUACCACAGUUUGGGGGUUACUGGAUUGAAGGGACCUCUCACAGUCUACCAGUAUCAGGCCUUGAGUUGCAAGACUUGCCAUCUCCUUGCAGUGGCAAAGUGAGGCUGGAGUGUGAUCCAACAGCAAAGCUGUACCGCAAACACUUCCUAGGAAAGGAGCAUCAGAAUUUCUAUGCCAACGAUUCAGCUUUGGGCUACUUGGUUCUUUCUGUGAAGUAUGAACAGGUCGAAGAGCAAGACCAUCUUCAUCUGUUGCUGAGAGCCCGAGCCUCUACCAAGCAUGAUCUCAUUCCCAUAUCCUGCCUGACAGAGUUUCCUAAUGCUGUCCAAAUGGCCAAGUUACUCUGUGAAGAUGUAAAUGUUGACCGCUUUUUUCCUGUGCUGUAUCCUAAGGCUUCCCAACUCAUUGUUGCCUUUGAUGAACAUGUCAUCAGCAAUAACUUCAAGUUUGGCGUCAUCUACCAAAAAUUUGGGCAGACAACAGAGGAAGAAGUCUUCAGUAAUACAGAGGAGAGUCUAGGCUUCUUAGAGUUUUUAGAUCUCCUGGGUGAUAGGAUUCAGCUGCAGGAUUUUCGUGGAUUCCGAGGUGGACUGGAUGUCACAAGAGGUCAAACAGGAACAGAAUCUGUCUACACAAAUUUUCGGGGCAAAGAGAUCAUGUUCCAUGUCUCUACAAUGUUGCCUUUCACUGAGGGAGAUGCCCAGCAGCUCCAACGCAAGCGCCACAUCGGGAACGAUAUUGUGGCCAUUGUCUUCCAAGAUGAAAAUACUCCUUUUGUGCCCGAUAUGAUUGCAUCAAAUUUUCUACAUGCCUAUGUGGUGGUGCAACUCCAUCACAAUGCCAGUGGGGAGACUCUGUACAAGGUUUCUGUGACUGCCCGGGAUGAUGUUCCCUUUUUUGGACCCCCUCUUCCAAAUCCAGCAGUAUUCAAAAAGGGCGCAGAUUUCCGUGAAUUUCUUCUGGCAAAGCUUAUCAAUGCGGAGUAUAGCUGUUACCAUGCCGAGAAAUUUGCCAAGUUGGAAGAGCGCACUCGCAGUGCACUUUUGGAGAGCCUUUAUGAAGAAGUUCAGAUUCGUAGCCGCAGCAUGAUGGGCCUGGCCUCGGGGGACGAAGACAAAAUAGAGAAUGGGGGUGGUGGCUUCUUUGAGAAUUUCAAGCGGGUGAUCCGAGGCCGUAGCCAGAGCCUGGACACUAUGGGGAUAGCCAUGAGGAAACAGCAACAGCAGCAGCCCCCAGCAACUCUACCCAGCCGCCCAGCUACUGCAGGCCUUGCCCUCAACCCAAGUAUCGCCGAGGGCCCCAAGGCUAUUGCUGCGUCCUUUGCCCUGCCUGGGAGAAGCCCAUCACGCAACCGAGGCAGCCGCUUCAGUGGGAGACGUAGUAGUGCCAUUGGCAUUGAGAACAUCCAAGAGGAAAAGAGCAAAGAUGUGGCUGAAAGGGUACAGAAGGUAUUGGAGAGUCCUGGACCCUUCUUUGAUCUCAAGUCAGAUGGUUCCUCGAGUCCUAGUUCGCCAGAAUUCCCUAACAGGAAGAGCAACAGAGGUCUCUCCAAUCAGACAUCAGGAUAUUGUGUGAUGCAGCCCCUGUCCCGGUCUUCAUCUAAUGUGAGCAGCUGUUGUAGUGGAGUGAGAGAGAAUGAAACAUCAGAGGAGGAGGAGAACGAAGCGGAGUUAAUGUGUUCUCUUGAAGGUCCCCAGAAGCAGGAUUCCCUGGUUCAGAAUGCAUGGUUAGAUGACAAUGUCUGUACACCCAGUAGUACCAGCUCACCAGUAACUCAGCUGCUCCCUUCUAGCAAUGCUGCCGGCUCCAUGGAAAAGGGGAAAAGCAGUAAAGUGGAUGCUCAACGUUACAGCCCAGCCUCCAUUUUAUGCUGUGUGUGAUGCCAUCGCUGGAGGGUAUCUCAGUGCAUGCUGGGUAAUUCACAGGAUCUGCUGCCGAAGUGAGAACUCACAGCAGUUCACUUUGGAAUUCAGAGGAAACAAUGGUGGAUUCCCAGAAACACCCAAUCUGGCUCUUCUGCUUCAUUGACAGCUGCACCACAGGCAGUCAGGAAUCAGAGUCCAAAUGUGGCAUUUUACUCAUCCAUAUGUAUCAUUCCGAUUUAGCAACCUGAGGAGAGCAGAACCAAUCUAAAUCUUUAAAAAAAAAAGAGGGGGGGGGGGCUCUCCUGUCUGCCAUAGCUUUAGAAGCAAACAAAAGAGGAGUGCUUUUCCCUCUUUCUCUGUUAUUACAGCUAAAAUGUAGAUAUCCAAGAUCCCACCUGGAAGGAUUUGGGUGUCCUACAGGGCCGUUUCCAAAAGGCUGUAUUUGUGUUCAUUCUUCAGCAUGAAGGCCUCAAAAACGUAAGAGGAAUAUAUAUCUUAGUGCUCCCAGGAUUAUGCCUGGUUCAUAAAACAUCAGAGCUGCAUUAUGCAGCAUGGGCAGGACACAUAGUGCCAAAGAGCAUGGGUGUGUGUGAUAGUUAAAGAGUAUUUGUUUCAUUAUUCAUCAGAUUCCUCAAAUCUGUUAAAUAUUUCACUGUACCACUGCCACCCUCUUUCCUGAGUCUUUGUGCCAUCAAGAACCAAAACCUGUAAAUGUGAAUCUAUGACUCCUUGUCCAAUGCUUGUUGUGUCUGUGGUGUCUUGGGCUUGCAAUAAAAGACUACUGUGACCAAUUCA